AUGAAAAACGCCGGCGAUGGAAAAUCUACAAGGAAACCUUAUGAAGAGAUUGGUGCCAUGUUUAAUGGAAAUGAGGUUAAAAUAAGAAUACCAAAAAGCACUUCUAAGCCUCCAAAGUUGUCUCCAUCUCAACUUAAGCUACAAAAUCUAUGUACUUGUGAUGAUGACCGUUUAGUCUGCUCAGAGACCUGUGGGUUCCCAGGUGAAGAUGAUGGUGCACCGGCUAAUAGAAUGAACUUUCAGAUUCCCGACGACAUUUGCGAGGCUCUCACAAAUAGGACCCCUCUCAAUUCGGAAUUAAUUUAUAGCAAAGCAGAGGCUCAUGAUACGCUAUGUGCAACGUGCAACGUCACCCCUGAGAAUGCUCCUAAGGGUGUACAGGCGCAAAAGGUGCUUCAUCCGGACAAAGAUGUGUUUUUACUGAAGAUUGGAAAACAAACCGAUGAGCCUAAUCGCACGGGAAAUAUUGAGAUUAUUACCGUUCCCGAUAUACACGAAUUGAACGCCCGCCUCGAAUUAACGGGCAGCGAACACAGGAGACGAAAAAAUGUCCGACGAACGAAGAGGCGGAUGGUAGACAAUAUAAUGGCGGACGACCGACGGCGGGGCGCUCAUAGCUUCGGCGCGAACUUGCCGCGUUGCAUGCCAUGUAAGGUUUGUCGUGCUGUCUGCCCAAAAAAGCGAAAGGGAAGAAACCCUAAAUGCUGCAUGUGA